GGCGAUGCCGGGCAGGCGGUCCGCUAAGGAGAAGAAGCGGCGCCGCUCGCGUUCCUGCUGCCCGGAGGGAGCCUCGGGGCCGGGGGGCAGCGAGAGGGAAGCAAAAUGCAAUGUACCAUCUGGAGACAAAGUGGAAGAAGCUGAACCACCCAGUGAUAUAGAAGAAGGAGGAUUAGAUCUCAGUGUGUCACUCAAACCAGUCAGCUUCUACAUUGCAGACAAAAAAGAAAUGCUUCAACAGUGUUUCUGUAUCAUAGGGGAGAAAAAACUACAGAAGAUGCUGCCUGAUAUUUUAAAGAACUGUUCCAUGGAUGAAAUCAAAAGGCUUUGCUUGGAGCAGUUGGAGCUGUUAUCUGAAAAAAAACUGUUGAAGAUACUUGAAGGCAAGGUUGGAGCUGAUUCUGAUACUGACGAGGAGGCAGAUGGAGGAGACAAGACUGGAGGUGAAUCAGUCAGUCAACAGGACAACAGCAUAGACUCUACUUCUUCUCUGAGAGAAGACAACAAGCUGGAAGGUCAGGAAUCAAAACAAGGCAAGGGAGAAGAUAGCGAUGUCCUCAGCAUAAAUGCAGAUGCAUAUGAUAGUGACAUAGAAGGCCCAUGCAAUGAAGAAGAUGGCCCAGAUGUACAAGAAAACACUGUCAGAAGUGGAGUUGGUCAGAUAGAUGACCUUCAGAAAGACAUUGAGAAAAGCGUGAAUGAGAUACUGGGGUUGGCAGAAUGCAGCCCAAAGGAGCCCAAAGCAGCAACCUUAGCCGUUCCUCCGCCAGAAGAUGUUCAGCCAUCAGCACAGCAGCUGGAGCUUCUGGAGCUCGAGAUGAGGGCUAGAGCUAUUAAGGCUCUGAUGAAAGCUGGUGAUGUGAAAAAACAGCCCUGAGAUUGUUAGAUUUCAUUUUCAGUGUUUGUUU